AUGUUACAGGGGACCACCAAACUUCCAUGGAAAUUUUCACACCAUCCAGCUGCUGCUGGUACGUUUUUCACAGUCAUGCUACUUGGACUUAAAUUCUGCACAUGCCAGGCUGCAUUAGGCUGGUUUGCUUACGAACCUGAAUGGUUUGAACAUGAUCAUGGAAAUUUUGCACACAUCGAGGCUCAAUCUGUUAAUUCAUUUGUUCACUAUCUCCAAAACGAUCCAAAAGCACUGGGUGGGGAAUAUGGGGGAUCUUUUCUUGACAUGGUAAGACACCGAUAUUGCUAUUUAUCAUGUUGUCAAGGCCGGCCCAAGGGCAGGGCGAGCUGGGCCGUCGCCCAGGGCAACAAUAUACCAUGGGGCAUCAGAUAUUGUCCAACUCUUAUGGGUAUCACUUGUGCCAAAAGUUUGAUCGCACAAAAAUAUUGUAGUGUUGAAAUGCCAAACAGAUGGCAGCAAUUCUUUAGCGGCUAA